UUGUUCAUCUAUCCGCACCCUAUCUUUGCCUCGCUUUUCCUUUCUGCUUUCCUCGCACGCCUCCGCCACUCACAUAACACCAACAAAGCGACGGAAAAGAAAUCGAGGGUGCAAAGAAUGGCGGCGACAUUGCCUGGACACUUGGCGGUUUGCUUCGGAAGGACUUAUUCUUCUCUUCCCCCUCCGUCUUCUGCGGCCAAGCUUAGGGUUUCCAUGACCGUCUCCGGGAUUGCGUCUUCUGUGUCGAGGCCGACUUCGAUGCGAGCAUUACGCUUCGGGAGGUCCCAGUUGGUCGGCUCCCCCAUUGUCACCCCCGCCGUCGUCACUUCCCGACCCUCUCUCCCUCUUCCUACGGCUCGGGUUCACCCCGUUGUUGCCCGCCGGGUGUGCCCGUUCACUGGGAAGAAGGCAAACAGGGCUAAUAAAGUCUCGUUCUCGAACCACAAGACGAAGAAGUUGCAGUUUGUUAACUUACAGUACAAGAGGGUCUGGUGGGAAGCUGGAAAGCGAUACGUGAAGCUGCGGUUGUCCACCAAGGCGCUGAAGACCAUCGAGAAGAAUGGCUUGGAUGCUGUUGCUAAGAAGGCUGGAAUCGAUCUCCGAAAAGAAUGAAAGACCAUGUAAUUGUGUUUCCAUCAUCUUUAACUUCAAUUCUCUUGCUCGCAAGGCAUCUAUAUAUCAAAGGAUAAUCUCGCUCUCCGGCCAUUUGCAUUUCA